GCGGCCAGUGAACGAUGUUCUCGCGAUGAAGUCUGACCUAAUUAUUUCGCUGGGGGGAAUUGAAUAAAUUUAAUAAAAUAAAUACAGUAUAUUGAUCGCGCAUUUAAUAUUACUUCAUUCUCAAAACUCCUGAAUUAAUAAACUAUUUCAGAAGCUUUGAAUGGUCAAGUUUUAAUAAUUAAAUUCACCUGGGCAAUGAUCUUAAGGAUUAAGUACUAGUCAUGGACGGUGACCUGAAAUACGGUAUAUGCCCGGUGUGCGGCAAAAAUGCCACGUUGAAGUGCGGCAGCUGCAGACGCGAGUUUUACUGCGACAAGUCGCACCAGUCUCAAGAUUGGCCGCGUCACAGGUCCACGUGCAGCGGCUGGGAAAUAGGUCGCGACUCUGUGCUCGGACGGCACUUGUUGGCGACUAGAGAUCUAGCACCGGGAGACGUGAUUCUUACGGAGACGCCUUUGGUCUGGGGACCAUCGACUCACACGAAUCAACGGGUCUGCGUCGGAUGCAGCGAACGGUGCGACGACAUCGACGCGAGAUGCAGUGAAUGUUGCUGGCCGGUGUGCAGGUCCGAUUGCGAGGGAUUGUCAGAUAAGAAGAGGCAUCAGCUGGAGUGCGCUCUUCUUGCGCGAGCUAGAAUUAUUCCUAGAUGCGAGGUACUUCUGAUAAUUCGUCUAUUGAUAUUGUGGCGCAUGAAAUCGCGUCGAUGGACGUCUUUGGCCAAUCUGCAAAAUCACGUGGAGUCGCGAGGACCCGGCACGGAGGCUCACGACGAAGUGUCGAGUGUGAGCCAGCGUCUGGGGCCACUUUUGUUGAUGGCAUCCGAUUGUAAGGAUGUUCUACCGAUGAUUUGUGGCCUGAUUGACGUAAAUGCAUUAGAAACUGCACCGCCAGAAGGCUCAGUGGCAAUUUACGAACAUGCAUCUCUUCUGGAGCAUUCCUGUAUCGCGAACACGCGACACAGCUUUCGCAUCGAUGACAAAGGCAGGCCGCGAAUUACGAUAUACGCGGUCACGUCUAUUAAAAAAGGGCAACAUUUGAGCACCAUGUAUACGCAUGCGCUUUGGUCCACUAGAGCCAGGCGGGAGCAUCUCCUUACCACAAAAUACUUCGCUUGCCGAUGUAAGCGUUGCGCUGAUCCCACAGAAUUGGGCACGCAUUUAGGCACCCUUAAUUGUCCUUGUAAAAACGGACUCAUGUUGCCAAACGAUCCUUUAAACCCAAAUACCAACUGGUCCUGUGACGCGUGUCCAGGAACAAUAACAUCCGCGGAGGUUGCAGAGCUGAUCGACAGACUGGAGGAAGAGGUCGUAGAAGUCAUGAAGCAAGCAACUGAGUGUACUCUAUCCGAACUUCUUUCACGGCUUACGGUAUUGCUGCAUCCCGGUCAUCAGCAUUGCAUAUCCGUGAGUCACUCUCUGAUACAGCUGUUGCCAGCAACCGAUUCACGAAAGUCGGAAUUGUGUAAACGCAUCAUGGACACGGUAAGCCGAUUGGAUCCGUACGGCGCUCGUCUAGCGCUUUACACGGCAGUCACCCUGCGAGAACUCGCAAUGUGUCCUGGCGAGGAUAAGCGAGUUCAUCUCGCUAAAGCAGCCUUAUUGCUGAAGGCGGAACCACCGAAUUCACCCGGAGAAAGGCUUCGCAGACUCAUUGAAGUGGAACUCUGAUCUUAACUCGUUGCAGCAUGGUAAAAGUAAUUAUAUUUUUGUUAUUGUACAAUCCAACAUAUAAAACAAGGAAGGAUUCUUAUAGUUUUUACUACAAAUGAGAAAGUUGCGCACGCUAGAUUCGCGCGAGCAACAAUUGCUUAUUUGUCUGUCUAAAUUUUUAUUUAUUUAUUUUCUCAAUUUCAAGUAUUAUCUCUAUUCACAACUACAGAUAGCCGUAAAAAUGGUAAAAAUAUUCAUUGUACUUAUUUAGAGGGUAAAAGGAGUACGUAUAAAAAACUUACAACUAUAUAAAGAAUGUAUACAUACAUGUUAUACAAAUAUCAAAAUAUAUGUAUGUACUUGUGGUCA